UUCUGCCUUCGCGUCACGCGUUUCUCAAGCGUGUCCAGUUUGUCCAUGGCCUGAAGUCCGCAGCAUUCACCAUUCAAUCAUAACACCGCCUGCCCUGGACCUGGCGCAUCGCAAUCCGGAAAGACAUCUAGUGGUAUCUCGAGGUGAAUUGUACUUGGUCUUGUCGUCGUGCGGUCGGUUCAAUCUCUGAGUCCGAUUGACUGCGCGCCCCUCGACCAUCGAACAGCACGCGUGUGCAUAAACAGCACUCUACCUCCUAACAAACCAUGGAGGUCGCCUCCAGUCCCCCCAACGGCACAGCUGAGUCGCGCCGCAAGUCCGGGAGAGUGGUGCGCAAACCGGACCUUUUCUCGCAAGAGCACCACGACAGAAGCACUCUCCGCAACGGCGCCACGAAACGGAAGCGAACAACCGAGGCUACCGCGGCGGGCGGUGAUGACGACGAUGACGAGAAUGAACAGAUUGAAGAGGACGAAGAAUCGGAGACCGAAGAUGGAGACAGCGAAGGUGAGCCAGACGAGGAAGAACUCAAGGCCAAGCGACGAGCGCAACGAGCAAGAAGACCAGCCGCGAAGCCUGCUACGAAGAGAGCAAAGACGGCCAGUGGUCCUAGUACGACCUUAGCCAUUCGCUCCGUCAAUGCACAAACCAAGUCUGGGUCCAAAGCUUCGAAGGCCCAAAGGGCACGCGCUCGUCCCAGCCAGGCGCAUCAACAGGGACUGUAUGCCGAAGUGUUUGGAAAAGGUCGCUCUCCCGAAGACGCGGCAUCUGUGUGGUUUCAAUCCCUACAGGAAGACAGCGUCGCAGCCAUACGCGAUCUGAUCAACUUUGUUCUGCAAUGUAUCGGGUGCAACUCCAAAGUCGAGUCUCAGGAUAUCGAAGACCUGGACUCUGUCCCCAGCAAGCUUGGAGAUAUUCUUCAAGAAUACGAACAACAAGCACCGCCCGAUUAUCCACUCGUCUCCAAGCAAAAGCAAUAUGCGGGAUUUCAGACUGUGUUGGAGGAGUUUUUCAAGGCCAUCAUCAAGAUCCUGCAUACUUCAUCUGUUUUCUAUGACCAACCCGAGGUCUACGAUAACAUCCAUGUGUGGAUAGCCACCAUGUCGGGAGCGAAUUACAAGUCGUUCAGACAUACUGCCACCGUCAUAUCCCUGGCCAUGAGCACAGCAUUGUGUGAGGUAGCAAAGGAGUUACAGGAGACCAUGGCAACACUCAAGACGCAGCUUGACGCGGAAAAGAAGAAGAAGAGUGUCAACAAGGGUCGUGUCAAGACGAUCGAGGAGAGUCUAGCGUCCGCUGAGAAAAAGCUGGAAGCGAUCGAUGCUCAGCUGAGAGACGCCUUCGACACUGUCUACGUGCAUCGAUACCGCGAUGUUGAGGAAAGAAUUCGAGCUCCGUGUGUCGCCGCCUUGGGUAAUUGGAUUGUGCUCUACCGCAAGAUGUUCCUCGAGGGACAAUAUCUCCGGUACCUGGGAUGGGUGUUGAACGAUACGAGCGCUGCCACGCGACUGGAAGACAUCAAGCAGUUGAAGAACUUGUUCAAGAAUAAGAAGAAUAUUGGCGCUUUGAGGGCGUUUACGGACCGCUUCCGACCCAGACUGGUCGAGAUGGGAACAAGGGAUGCCGACAUCAGUGUCAGGGUCGAGGCGAUCGAACUGUUGGACAGACUUCGAGAUGCUGAACUGCUUGAGCCGGACGACAUCGACACUGUUGGGCGGUUGAUUUUCGAUAGUGAGCCCCGUGUCAGAAAAGCAGUGGCCAAGUUCUUUGUCUCCAACAUCGAAGAUCUCUACCGGGCAAGCAUUGAAGAUCUGGAAGAAGAACAAUACCAGGCAGCCUUACCAGCACCAGACGAAGUGGACGAUUUCACGGUCCCUACACAAGCUUGGAUCAAGCUCAAGUGCUUGGGGUCCAUCCUUGCGGGCUACGACAACGACGAGGAAUCUCUGGAUGGUUUGAAUGCUCAGACUCUACCUCUCAACUUUACCGUCGACUCGCGUUAUACCCUAGCCACACAGGCCAUCUAUCCUUAUAUGCCGGAACUGCAGCAUUGGGAAUCCCUUGCAGGGUAUCUUCUCUACGACCACUCUUCGAUCCCCUCGGAAGCCAACGACGAAGACAUUGGCCUCCAGAUCCAACAAAUCUACAAGCUAAGUGGAGGCGAAGACAUCAUUCUACUUGAUGUCCUCUAUGCAUCAGUCAAGCAAUACUUGCAGUCAAUCAUGGACACGCCAACAAGUCGAAAGACUAACGCAAGUAAAGACGAGAUUCGGCAAAAGCAAGAAACUGCCGCCCAAAACCUGACCGUCAUCAUCCCGCAACUUCUCAGCAAGUAUAGCAGUACGCCACAGGCGGCAUCUUCAGUCCUUCGAAUAGAGCAGUUGCUCGACAUCGGUCUGAUCAAUGAUUUGCAGAGCGGCGAGGCGGCUUAUUCGGCCAUCCUCGACGAUAUCAGCAAACAGUUCACAUCACAUUCGGACAAGAAAGUGCUGGCGGCCGCAAGUGUGGCGUUCCGCAACGCCAGGAGUUACGAGCAGAGCAAAGAAGCCGCAGACGCCAAAGUCCAAGAAAUCUGGACCGAGUCAGUGACCACGCUCGCCAAUCUUCUGCGCGGCAAAGACGUCGAAACGAGAGGCUCCCUUGACCAAUCCAUCCUCAGUGAAGUCGUCAACACCACACUACGUCUGGCCGAACUAGCCGGCAUAUACGACUGUACGCACAUCAUCGAAGGCAAUCUGGAGUCUGGAACAUCCAAGAAAAACCAAAAGGGCAAAAACGCGGCAGCAAGGAACAGCCAAGCUGGGACAACGACCUUGCUAGACCUUUUGCUUCAGCUCUUGAAACGAGGUGAGCCGGACGAGGAAACAACACCGGCCUCUGCCGAGCUAGAAGACCAGCUGUGCAUGGCAUUGAUUGAGCUGUUUUCCCGCUACUUUCGAUGGAAAGUAGUUGGCUUGAAGAAAGCCAUUGCGGCCAACGACAAGGCCGAGCUGACGACGAGGAACCUGACCAGCUUUGCGAUGACACGUUCGACUUUCGUCGAGACUGUUGCACCGAUCAUUCUGCUGCGGUCCCCCUUGGAUCCGGUGCGAUACACGGCGAUUGUCAACGUGCUGGAGCUGUUCGCUCUGUUCUCGACCAUCCGCAAUAUGCAGCCUGAUAAGGGCGGCCAGGAGCUGGACGAAGAUGUCCAACGCAACCUCCAUAGCUUGAUCACUAGUGUUCCAGAGGACAUUCUGCGAGAAGUCAUGGUCACUCAUGAGCGGUUGGAGAAGUCGUUUGCGAAGAAGACGCGCCGAAAGAUCGAGACGAGCGAUAAGCACGACAAGAAGAAGACCAGGCACGCCGAUACUCCCCCCGAAGAAACGCAAGAAGAGAUCGAGAAGCCGCCGGAGGAUUCUGACGAUGAAGCUGAUGAUGAUGAUUCUGAUUCUGGGGACGAGGAUGACGGGGAUGAGGCAGCAGCAGCAGGAGGCCGCAGUGCCAAGAAGCAAGCCGCCUUGCUCGCCGAACAGCAUCUCUGUGAGUUGACGAGCAAGAUCAUCUUUGCCCUGGUUGGAGGCGCCAUCAAGGACUCGGAUGCCGAGAAUGUCAAACACAGGUUGAUGCUGAACCGCACCAAGUUGGGCAAGAACUAUUCGACCCUUUUGUCGUACCUCGAUGAGAAGAAGGAGAAGAAGAGAAAGACGUCGGCGAAAGCAAAGUCUACAGGCGAAAACAAUGGUGAUGGCGCAAAGGGUAAAUCGACCAGGUCGUCGCUGCUCAAAAACCCCAUCUCGGACGAAAUGGUUCUUGAGGACGAUGACAUUGAAGAUCCCGAUGAUGAUGAGGAGCACGACGAGGAAGAGGCACACAGACAGCGCGAAUUGCUGGAAGAUGAGAACGACGACCGCAUCGAAGAUCACCAGGACGAAGAAGCCCAGAAAGACCGUCGUGCUGAGACCGAUGCUGACGCUGCGGAGGACGACGAUGAUAUCAUGGGCGAUUGAUUCCAAACUGCCCGCCUGGUACUUACUUCUAUGAAAGGGUUCGGCUUGACCUCCACUAGAUGGAUCGAUUCGUGGAUGAGACGUCUCCUGUCAUUGUGCUGGAUUUAUGUCUGGAUGGUUAUGUGUCGGGUUUGUUUUUUGCUUCCUUACGCUCCAGGUGCUGGUCCCGGUGGCUGGUGGAGGAUGAUAGACCAGUACUACCACAUCCCUAGUGUACUAGCUUUAUUCAAUCGGUCCACAGAUCAGAGGUUAAUGGUUCGAAUUGCUGCAAAAUUGAACAGGGCCUGAAAUUAAAGAGUUGC